UCUCUGACUAACAGGAGCAACUCCUUAAACGCACCUGGAAAUGAUGGAAGGUCUGAUUCUGAUCGUGGCUCAAGUUAUUCCCGGCCACGAAGUCCAGGUGCUGUUCUGCCUCUCCCCGCUUCGCAUGGGAGAAUGACUUUUCUAGUCCCGAUCCCAGACCUUAACCUCAUGCCGGAUUCCCCACCCCAGGAAACCUCCUCAACCGCCGGAAUCACCCCCGGAGGGUCAUUGGCUUCGACACUAGACGUUGAAGCGGACAAGGGUUCGAACUCCCUCGCGAUCGUCCCCGUACCGGAUCACGAAAACCACGUGGUUCAAACGCUCGACCAGGACAACCAGAAACUUGACCGGUAUGUCUUCAAACGGACUCGAAUGAUCUACGACUCUCUCCGGCUUCAUCUCACUGUGGAGGAGUUGAGGCGUCCCGAACCUAACCCCUACCGGAGGGCCGUCAAUCUCAAAGCUUCGAGACUGAUGGAAGAAAGUGAGCUGUGUCUGCACAAGGGUCAACACUUGGUAGGUUCAGUCCCCGGAGUUGAGAUCGGCGACCUUUUCUUUUACCGUAAGGAACUGUGCAUGUUCGGUUUACACCGCCCGUUACAAUCCGGGAUUGACUAUACAUCAGCUCACCGAAGCUCCUUUGGCGUGCCUAUAGCAACCAGCAUCGUCGUAUCAGGUGGUUACGAGGAUGACGAAGACAAAGGAGACGAACUGGUUUAUUCAGGCCAGGGUGGUCGGGACAAUUCCGGGCAGCAACGUCAGCACCAGAAGCUAGAACGCGGGAAUCUAGCUAUGGUACAAAGCAUGCACCACGGUGUCGCGGUACGAGUCAUUCGCGGGUUUGAGUACGACAACGGAGUCAGAUCGAAGGUGUUCGUGUACGACGGCCUGUACAGGAUCGUGGAGUACAGCCUUGUUAGAGGGAAGUCAGGGUUUGAUAUCUUCAAGUUCACACUUGUUAGAAUCCAAGGACAAGCUGAGCUGGGCAGUGCAAGACUGAAGCGUGCACAAACACUUAUAAGCACACCAUUAUAUGCGUUGCCUGCUGGGUAUAUAAGCUUUGACCUUUAUGGUAAUAACCAGGGUGUCCCGGUGUGUCUGUAUAACGACAUUGAUUUUGACCGCUCACCGCUGAACUAUGAGUAUAUUGCGCAAUCUGCCAUCAGUAGUGUAAUAACUGGUAAGGGAGAGACCGACGGUGGCUGCGAGUGUAAAUACUCAUGCAGUGAUGAUUGUAUAUGCGUAAGGAAGAAUGGUGGUGAGCUUCCUUACAGCCCUUACGGAAAGUUAUUAAGAGGGAAACCAGUUAUUUUCGAAUGCGGGAUUACGUGCAAGUGCGCUUAUGGCUGCGCGAACCGUGUCGCGCAGAGGGGGUUGAGGAAAAAGAUGGAAGUUUUCCGAACCAGGGAACUUGGUUGGGGUGUGAGGUCGCUUGAUUUGAUUCACGCGGGCGAGUUUAUCUGUGAGUAUGCUGGUGUCAUGGUCACAAAAGAGCAAGCGGAGAUUAUGUCGAUGAACGGGGAUAUGCUGGUCUAUCCGGGACGGUUUGCUGGAACCUGGAAGCUGUGGGGUAAUUUAUCUGAUGUUUACCCGGGUAAUGUCCCGCCGAGUUAUCCUACUCUCCCACCAAUUGAUUAUGCAAUGGAUGUGUCGACGAUGAGAAGCGUGGCUGCUUUCAUUCGUCACAGCAAAGAACCAAAUGUGAUGGUUCAGUUUGUGUUCCAUGACCAUAACAACUUGAAGUUUCCUCGCGUCAUGCUUUUUGCACUUGAUAACAUCUCUCCGUUAACUGAGUUGAGCCUGGACUAUGUGUUGGCCGAUGAAGUGGACGAGAGACUCGCCAUCUGUAACUGAGUACUUGUUUCCAAAGCUUGUUUCUGUGUUUGUCUUUUUUUUUUUUUUUUGAACACAUGUGUUUGUCUUUUCUUUUUUGUUGGAUCUUGCAAACAAAUGCUUUUGACUUUGUUUCUCUAUUUC